GCCCCCCAAUCGGAGCCCCCCAAUCGGAGCCCCCCAAUCGGAGCUCGCGUCCCAGGCCGGCGGAGAUGGUGCAGCAGGAGGGGGACCCCCCCCACGAGGCGCACGCGCCCCCCAUGGCGCAGGGAGGAGCGGCGCACGGCGGCAGCGGCUCCAAGAGGAAAUUCUCGUGCGGGGUGGUGGAGGGAUUCUACGGGAGACCAUGGACCAUGGAGCAGAGGAAGAACCUCUUCAAGCGGAUGCAGCGCUGGGGCCUCAACACCUACAUGUACGCGCCCAAGGAUGACAGCAAGCACCGCAUGUUCUGGCGCGAGAUGUACUCCGUGGAGGAGGCCGAUCAGCUGAUGUCGCUGAUCGCGGCAGCGCGCGAGCAUGACGUGGAGUUUGUGUACGCCAUCUCGCCGGGCCUCGACAUGUCCUUCUCCAACCCCAAGGAGGUGGUGACACUCAAGCGCAAGCUGGAGCAGGUCUCUCAGUUUGGCUGCCGUGGAUUCGCCCUUCUCUUUGAUGACAUCGACCAGAACAUGUGCCCUGCCGACAAGGAGGUGUUCACCUCGUUUGCCUACGCGCAGGUGUCCGUCACUAACGAGGUCUACCAGCACCUUGGCGAGCCCGCCUCCUUCAUGUUUUGCCCGACGGAAUACUGCGGCUCCCUGUGCUACCCCAAUCCCGCGCAGUCUCCGUACCUGCAGACAGUGGGCGAGAAGUUGCUACCCAACAUCGACGUCCUGUGGACAGGCCCCAAGGUGGUGUCCAAGGACAUCUCCCUGGAGUCGGUGGAGGAAGUGUCCAAGGUGCUGAAGCGCCGACCCGUCAUCUGGGACAACAUCCACGCCAACGACUACGACCAGAAGCGCCUCUUCCUGGGGCCCUUCAAGGGCCGCUCCUCGGAGCUCAUCCCCCGGCUCAACGGCGUCCUCACCAACCCCAACUGCGAGUUCGAGGCCAACUUCGUGGCGGUGCACACGCUUGCCACGUGGUACCAUUCCAACAUGCACGGCGUGCGCAAGGAUGCCGUCAUGGCAGGCAGCGAGGACAGCACGGUGUCGGUGCAGAUCAAGCUGGAGAACGAGGGCAGCGACGAGGAGCUGGAGACCGACAUCCUCUACAGCCCCCGCACGGCGCUCAAGCUCGCGCUCGUCGAGUGGCUCCACGACUUCGCCGCCCAGCAGCCCAGGAGACAAGUGACAGGGAGCGGACCCAAAACCAGCCUCAGCAACGUCAUCACCGUGUCCCUGCCGGCUGCCUCCAUGGCAACCGUUAGCACCUCCAUCUACCAGCAGCCCAUCAUGUCUUCAUCCUCCACCACCCUGCCAGCUUCCCCGGACUCCGCGAUCGACCCCAAGCCGCUCUUGGGCAUUGACGAGGAGGUGGAAGAGGAAGGCGGAGACCUCGUUAAAGGGGGGGACGAUGUGGAUGAUGGCGGUGGCAGCGGCGGUGCCGUCGACGACAGCGCCGGUGCGAAACCAGUGGUGGAGGAGCCCAUGGAGACGGCGGCGUGCGAGAAGCCGGACUGCGGGGACGCCGUGACCGCCAGCGAGCCCCGGCCGAUGGACACCGACCUGGACGGCGCCGCGGGUGGCCCCGUGGCCACGGACGGGGGGCCGCCCGGCGGCACCGUGGAGGGGCCCGGCGGCACGGAGGAGGGGUCCGGCGGCACCGCGCCCGCCACGCCGCCCGACCGGGAGAUGCGUCCGAUUGAUACGGAGCGUGAGGGAGUGGCGGAGGGCAGCCCGGCGCACGGCGUCAGCGAGGGGGUGAGUGAGGAGGUCGGAACGCCGGACUUCCUGCGUGGCAACAUCGAUGCCGUCGUUGUCGAGGAGGAGGAGGAUGGGAGGAGCAUGCAGGCCGAGGCGUGGCCCAUGCAGACGGACGAUGUGAUCCCGUGCGGCGGUGCCGGCACGGCGGCGGGGAGCGGGGGAAAGUCCUCGGCCGUGGAUCCGGUGACGGCCGACGACCUGGACCUCCUCGCCGACCUCUUCUACCUCCCGUACGAGCACGGGCCGCGCGCCGCUCAGCUGCUGCGCGAAUUCCACUGGCUCAAGGUCAACAGCAGCGCCGUGGGCUGCAGCCGGAGCGUCGCCGAGCCCAACAAAGAGCGCGAGGAGGAGUGGCGAGCCCGUGCCCUCGCCUUCGAGGAGCUGUGUAACCGCGUGACGCAGAUGUUCACGCGCCUCUCCAGCAUCGCCAACCGCAGCGUCCUCUACGACCUCUACCCCUACAUCUGGGACAUCAAGGGCAUCGUCUCCAUGGUCAAGUCGUUCGUCAAGUGGCUGGGGUGCCGCAGCCAGACCCACUCGCAGUUCCUGAGCGGAGACCAGGAGCCGUGGGUGUUCCGCGGUGGUCUCGCCGGCGAGCUACAGCGGAUGCUGCCCAUCGACGGCGCCAACGACCUCUUCUUCCAGCCGCCGCCGCUGCCCCCCACGGCCAAGGUGUACACGAUUCGGCCGUACCUCCCGCAGGACGAGGCCGCCGCCUACAAGGUGUGCCGGGAGACGUACGCCGACGGCUUGGACGGCACGCAGCUCUUCCCGGACAACCCCGACCUCAUCGGAGACCGGCUGGUGGGCAGCCUGCUGUCGCUGAGCCCCGAGUAUUGCUUCGUGCUGGAGGACGAGGAGGGCGUGUGCGGCUACGCGCUGGGCUCCGUCGACGCCAAGUCCUUCUUCAGCCGCUGCGAGGUGGCCUGGCUGCCGGCCAUGCAGGACAAGUACACGCGGCCCGCCGCCACCGGGGACGACGCGCUCUCCCUCUCGCUGGAGGUGAUGCUGAGCUUCCACGAGGAGGCGCGGGUGCCCCCGGAGACGCUGGUAUCGCGCUUCCCGUCGCUGGUGCGCGUGGACAUCCACAGCCGGGUCACCGACCCCAGCGUUGCCAAGAGCAUGAUGGGCUGCCUGCUCUCGUCCCUCAAGGCCAACGGAUCGCAGGGUGCGUUUUGCGAGGUGAAGGCGAGCGACAAGGGCAACACGGAGUUCUACACCAAACUCGGAUUCUUCGAGGUCCCCAUGGCCGAAGGUUUCUGCAAAGACGCCGUCCUCCUGGGCCGCCCCAUCUGACCCCUCCGCGCCGUCCCCUGCCCCCCGUGCCGGACUGGCUCACGCGACGGGCGGCGGCGGUGGCGGCGGCGGCGGUGGUGGCAUUGCAGCUGGCUGGUGGAGCUGGGAUCUCCCACUCGGUUUGGCGAGUAGGGGCGGUGUGGAGGUGUGCGUGUGUGUUCCAUGGCGGUGUGUGUGGCACGGUGUGCUGCCCUCCUCCUGUCAGCAGCUGCCGGGCGGGGCUAGGCUGACACAAACGGUUGCGAGUGUGUGCGUGCGUGAAUGUCUGUUGGGUGUAAGCGGGGAUUCAUUUCUUGCCCAAUAUUUUUCGGGUCACUCACGGACUGGAGUAGGUGGCGUGUGACGAGUCGACAACACAUCCAUAGCCAGAGGUAUAAUGGAUGUGGUGUGCCUUGUGCGGAAAUGUUUUCUGUGUCGCCAACCCAGACGGACUGGGUCGAAUUUAAGCUAUGGAGGUGUAAUAUUCUGGCAACGUCCGUGUGUGUGUGGGCGGUGGUGUGAGUUGUGUGCGAUGCUGUGGAUUGUGUGAGCUUUGAUGUGUGGUGUGUGUGGCGCUCUGUGUGGUGGGUGACUGGGUGGCGUGUGAGGCAUAUUGUGAGUGGUAUAUGUGGUCGGUGGUCAGGUGGGUGAUGUGUGCCAGGCAGUAUGAAUGUUGCGAGUGCCGUGCGUGUAUGGUGUGGUGCGGUGUGGUGCGGUGUGCGUGUAUGGUAUGGUGUGGUGCGGUGUGGUGCAGUGUGCGUGUAUGGUGUGGUGCGGUGUACGUGUGUGGUGUGGUGCGGUGUGUGGUGUGGUGCGGUGUGGUGCGGUGCGGUGUGAGUGACGUGCGGUGCCUCGCGUACUUCCCUUGGGCAGCUGCCGUCGUGGGGAAUUUGCAAAACCAGGACCCGGAACUUUUGAUGGGCCGAAGUACUGAGUCUGGAUAUUCCACGUCAGUGUCUCCCCGUGUCUUUGCUCACCCUCCGUGCCUCUCCGAGUCUCCCCCCAGCUCCUAAUGUCUCCCCAAGUCUCCCCCUACCGCGUCUCCGAUCACCCCUCGUGCGAUGUUCACAACCAAACUCUGAUUUUUGUUUUUAUACUCGUUCUAAGCGUUCACUAUCCUCUUCAUCCCGGAUAACGACGAUGAUGAUGAUUGUUUUUUGUUUAGCAUUCCUUGAAUGAAUUGUUCGCUAAACCUUUUUACGGAUCUCCCACCCUGAUUUAUGAACGUGUGGGUUCCGUUGUUUUGACGGAAAUAUAAACGUUCACUGAUGACGCUGACGAUGACGAUUUUGGCGAUGACUACGACAACAGCUCUGACGACGAUGGCGUUCGUGACGAUGAUGGCGAUGUUGGCUACGAUGAUGUACAGGUUGUUGGUGCUGUUGACCCAGAUCUCACUCCACUGCCCAUUGCUGCCAAGGUUGUCUCAGGCUGCCCCCGAUCCCCACUGCUGCCCCUGAUGCCCCUCAUCCACAGUGCUCAUGCCCUGCCCUGGGCAGGCCUCGGAGGUUGACCUUCCAUCAGGGCAAAGCGGCGUGGCCUGGGGUGCAGCGUUGUGACCCGAGGGUGCAGGGCGGCGUGGCGUGUGGGAUCUGGGGGGCUCGUCCCGUGUACAUUACCUGUACAUACGUUCUGUGUAGUAAUAGUAGUAAUAGUAAUAAUAAUGACGACAGCGACCACGUGGUUACCACUGUUUCUGUUCCCCUUUUUUUGCGAAUCGGAGCGUAAACGAUGAUCGUGGUGAUGACGAUACGAAUAAAAAUGUGCUGGAAGCAACAGGAA